UCUUCCCAAAGCGGACAGUGCGCUCUGACCCGCUGAAACAAGCGGCCGGCCUCGCGGCUCUGAUCCGCGAUCGCGUUUCUACACGGUGUAUGUUCGAAACGAUGAAUGAAAAUAUGCCGUCAACCCUUUCCUUGCCGAUCCACGCUUCGGAUUUUAACGUGGCCUGCACCAAGAACCGAUGACCUCUCGUUUAUGCACGCGUCUUUUGAAACGAAAUUCGCCGGUUCGGCACGAUGAAUACGUUACUCUUCGGUACACACCGUGCGGCGAGGACAAAGAGAAAUAUCGAGACAAAGGGUUGACGUCUCGCUCGAGAGUUCGUUUGUUCGUUGCUCUAAUUGGAAAGGAUACACGAGUGCAUGGUAAAGGCUGAGCAGAGCUCAACACGCCGGCGGGAAGGUCAGUUUCCGCUUGAAAUGUCCGCGGUGAAAGUGUCAGGGGGGUAUUAAUAGAAAGGGGAUGAAUUUAGAGGGUGUUGUUUGUUUCUUCGUGUUUGUUGAAGAUCUUUUUGUGAUGUUGACGAGGUGGUCGUUUCGAUGUGAAUGCUUCUCUCUGCGGAGAUAAUGCGGUGUUUAUCGGCCAGAGGGAAUUACGUUUCGAGGCAGAGACACGAGGAAUUAGGCUAAUGCUUUCGAUAGCCAUCGUUUAACUCGAUAAACAGACAUCGUUCUGGAACACGAGUCGUACAACAUCCCAGAGAUUGGACUCUAAUUUUACAGAGUGUUCUCCAGUGAAAUCAAACGUACAACUCGAAUAAAAACAAUCUUUUCCCUUAAUGAAUCAAGUUGGAAAGACAUUUUCUACUGACAUUACACGAGUCCUCCUCGAUCAAAGAAAUUGCGCAACCAAAUACAUUGGACAUUCAACAAUGGACAUUCAACGACCAUGGUCAAUCGCCACGAAUGCGCGUACGUCAUUGAGGAGAGUCCUCGUUCAUUCGGGCAAAUGCGUCGAGACCGCAACCGUUUCUCAAAGAAGGUUCCAUUGGAGGAAUUCCCAACAAUUACAUCUACCUUCCAUACACCAUCUAAAACAAUAUCUCGAGGAACUGAAUCAAUAUCGUCAUCGAUUACGUAUUUAUCGAUCUAAAAACAGAUUCUAAUAAAUAGAGAUCACUUACCAAAAGAGGCUCGACACAAUUUAACUUCAAAUUCCAACAAUCAACCACUAACCUACAUUACCAACUAUUCGAAACUGAGGAGGAGAAAGUGCGACGGCGAUGAUCGUAAACGAUCAGGCGCGUCGCACAGCCAUGAUCGAGUAAAAUUGCUCGAGCGGAGCAUCAACGGUUCAUCACCAUGUUGAACGUAAUGGCAGCGAUGACGACGAGUCUGCCCAGCCGAGUGGAUCCCACCCCUGCGUCUUCCAGCAACGCGAGCACCCCGUCGAGCACCGCCGCGAACAACGUCACCUCGGUUCCAGUGGAGAACCCCACGGUCGAGAACCUGCCGGAAAACGUGAACGUGUUCGUGGUGGUGAUCAAAGGCAUCGUGAUGGGAAGCAUAAUCACGACAGCGGUGCUGGGCAACGCUCUCGUGAUCGCCAGCGUGAGGAGGCACAGAAGAUUGAGAGUGGUGACCAACUGCUACGUGGUGAGCCUCGCAGCCGCGGAUCUCCUGGUGGCUAUGUGCGCGAUGACGUUCAACGCCUCGGCCGAAUUGUCGGGCGGUAAAUGGUUGUUCGGCCGGUUCAUGUGCGACGUGUGGAACUCGCUGGACGUGUACUUUUCCACAGCCUCCAUUCUUCACCUGUGCUGCAUCAGCGUGGAUAGGUAUUACGCCAUUGUCAGCCCUCUCGAGUACACGGUGAUCAUGAGACAGGGAACUGUGGGGUGUAUGUUGGGUAGUGCGUGGAUUUUGCCCGCUUUGAUCAGCUUCAUACCGAUAUUCAUGGGUUGGUACACCACGCAGGAACAUUUGGAUUACAUGGUGAAGAAUCCGGAGGUUUGCUCUUUCGUGGUGAACCGGCCAUACGCUGUGAUCAGCUCGUGCAUCUCCUUUUGGAUACCUGGCUUGGUGAUGAUAGUGAUGUACUGUAAGAUCUACAAGGAGGCGGUCAGACAAAGGAAGGCGCUCAGCAGGACGUCGAGCAACAUCGUGCUGAACAGCGUGCACCAUCACAGGUCCUCGACCAGGCAACACCAUCAUCAGCAGAUGCUGCUUCAAGCGGCUGCCGAAACCGGCACUUCGAUACGACAACAAACGAAGAGUUGGAGAGCUGAGCACAAAGCUGCGAGGACGCUCGGAAUAAUAAUGGGCGCAUUCCUUCUUUGUUGGCUGCCAUUUUUCCUUUGGUAUCUAACCACGUCCUUGUGCGGCGAGGCCUGCUACUGUCCAGACACGGUGGUGUCCGUCCUAUUCUGGAUAGGUUACUUCAACAGCGCCCUGAACCCGCUUAUUUACGCGUACUUCAACCGCGACUUCCGCGAGGCCUUUAAGGACACGCUGAAGAGCGCCCUCCCCUGCUGCGCCAGUUGUUGGAAAACACCGUCGCAGUUCGUCUAGCGAGAAAAACCCCCGAAUAAUCGCGUCGAGCAAACUGUUUCUUGCGAUCCAUUGGGAAUAUCGGUAUCUGCUCGUUCGCCCGAUCAUUCGUCCAACUCGAUUUGGUAAACAUCGUAAAAAGUAAACCGUCAAUUUUGCCUAUCGAGUUUCUUACAAUUGUGAUUCGAUUCCCUUUAGAACGAAAGACGGUGUAAUUAAAAGUAAUGGAGAAUCUUUUAUAAUGUAUGCAGUUUUGUAUGAUGGAGAAAUUUGAGACGUCGAUUACAUAAACACGAAAAUUACAAAGAAAAA